AUGGAGCCGGAUCGCGAGGACAAACCUGAAAACGAAAGACCUCUCCUGGUCCUGGAGAAUCCCAAAAAGAAGUCAAGUCUUCUAGUUACAGAUGAGAGCCAAGUCCCUUUCAAUAAGGCUGCCUCUUAUCCCUUCAAGAAAUGGAUGGACAGUUUUCGAGUGAAAAGACACCAGACUCUUCCCCUGUCUGAAAGAUUCGUCGAAGGCUGGUUUGAUCAGUCACAGGCAGACAAUAACAGCAAUAAUAACCUAUUUCCAAAUCAUGCGGUUCAAGAUCAGCAGUGGGAGAGGCUGUCGGGGCAUUCGUCUCAAUUGGGAACGGUCAAAACAGCGACAAUGAGCAUCGCCAGUCAAAGUGUGGUGAGGUCGAGAGGAAAUACCCAAAGCACCACGAACCAAAGUGCCGGUACAGAUACUCGUAUGUCCAUGGAUAGCAUGAGGACGACAUUGAGCCCCCCGUUGGAUGAGGCUGCCCAGAGCCGUGCUCUUAAGAGGCGUCAGGUGCUGCAGGAGAUUGUCACCACAGAAUCUGACUAUGUUCUCGGCCUGAAGGCUCUAUCCGAUGUUCUCUCUAUCUUUUCCACUACAAGGCCCGAGAUAUACUUCAACAUACAGCAGAUCCGCGAAAUACAUGGUCGAUUUCUUACUCUUCUCCAAAAUGUGACCCCAAGAUCAGUUGAACUCAUAGGAAUUGACCUGUCGAGCGUGACUACACAUGGGUUGCAACGACGUCUGGGAACCAUAGACCUCUCAAGUAUCAAGGUCUUGCACAGUAGAUCUCUGAGGACUAGAAGUCUGAGGGCGUCGGUCUCGUCUCGUAUGAAGGCCUUAUCUGCAGAGCCGUAUGAAGCCUUGGAAGUCGCUCGCGAAAUUGAGAAACUGUCGACAUUCUUUCCGGUCUACGAAGAGUUCUGCAGCAAGUAUGAACUGCUGACGCAGGAUCUUGCUAUUCUACGACGGUCGAUUCCUAACUGGGCAAUGUUCGAUCAGGGAAUCGAGGCAUUGUCAAAGUCAGUGGCAUCUAUAGACAGUCGGAAGCUGGAAGGAAAUAGGGCCAUGUCGUUGAGCGACCUGCUCAUAAAGCCUAUCCAGCGGCUCUGCAAAUAUCCGCUGCUACUCCAGGAUCUGCUCCGGUGUACUGCAGCGAGCGAUUGUCCAUCUUCUCAUGAGGGUAUUCGGGAAAUUUUUGAAAACAUGCGUGAUUCAGUUGCUCGUAUCAAUGCUGCCACUGGCAACCCUGUGCAUAAAGACCGAAUCAUGAAGACAGUGCUCCUACAAGAGAAACUGGAAUUUCGUGAGCCUGGCCCGUUCCAAAACAUAUAUCGGCAACUGGGGCCAAUGUGUCUGUGCGGUGUUCUUCAUGUCGCCUACCAGUCGUCAGAAGCGGUACAAGGUGAAUACAUGGUCUGUGUUCUUUUCAGUAGUCAUUUCCUUCUUGCGAGGAUAGACGAAGAUUAUCGCAAGCUUCAGGCUGUGGCAUGCUUGUAUGUUUGCGACAUGAAGAUUGAUGCUCUAAGUACUGGAAGAGAAGCGUUCUCUGGUAAACAAUGCUACUGCAAUACUCAUAGUGGCAUAGGCCUUUAUUGCCGUGGUGCCCUGUUUUCUUGGAAAAUUUCAUUUGAAAAUGGGGAAGACAUGUUCGAGCUUAUUUUAAGCGCUUCAUCAGCAAGGGAGGAAAAACAGUGGAAAACUGAAAUCAUCAAAUCUGCAGCAGCAUUGGCUGAAGCAGGACAGACAGUGCCGUCUGAGCCAAGGACGUACUCCUUUUUGUCGCUGAAUUUGGUACCUUUAAAUGACCGUCCUGAUCAGGCUACUUCGCUCACACGGACGCCUUCCAUACAUUCACUUGCUGUUUCUCGAUCGAAAUCUAGCGCGCGGGAGGUAUACAUCAAGAAAACCAAUUACCCAAACAACACGGAAGAAACCGGGCUUCAACCAGAGGAUGGACACCUAGGCCGCACAAAAUCCGUACAUUCAAAACGGGAGCCCAUUGUGUUGGCUCCCCGGCGACAAGAUCGGAUUCGUUUGGAGAGGUUCGUUGCCGAUGUGUACACGCGCGAUGUGUUGCCUUUCCCUGGUAUGGUUUUGGCAAAAGGCGAUAUUUUCUCCCGGACUGGUUCCCUUAUCAGGCGUAUCAGUUCUCACGCGGGAUUCAACAGGCGUUCUAGCUCCCUCAGCACAACGUAUGCUAGGUCCAUUGUUGCAGACACCGGCUCCAUCGAAGAAGAGCAUCCCAUUGCGAAGGACGAGGCAUCGGACAACAGCAAACGCGGGGGACCUCCGACCGAGUCUCAAUUAGAUCCGGCUAGAAAUACAGUGCCUGAACUUCCCCGAGAGACACCUGGCCAUGCCAAGGCAACGGGGCUGAAGGGCUCAUGUAGACACGCAUCUGGAACCGACCUUGCAGCAGCGGGAAAUAAUUACAACGGAGAUCUGGAGCCUACAUCAAAGAAAAAGCGGAAUCUCCUGCGCACUGUCCUAUUUCCGAGGAACGUGAGAAAGCCUGGCUUCAAGAAGGAUAGCACUUAAAUGACAGACGAGAGUGUGGCAUGGAUGUCACGCGACCACUACUGCGCAUAUGCAAUUGUGCCUGGAUGUUAUUUCGUUACGGGUUAUGAGAGCAGUGGGGAUGAAGUGGAGGUAAUGACCAUGACGAUGACCAUGAUGAAUCAAGGGAGGGAGCAAUACCCACUAUGCAGGAGGUAUAGGUUAACAGCAUAUCAAACAAGUCGCAUUCUUACGAACAGAUCGUCAAUUGC